GGAUCGGCAAGGCGGGGCACCUUUGGUUUUUGCUAGAUUUUUCUCAGGCAAGGCCACGCCUGGGCACGGAGCCUUUGUUUUGGGGGAGGGGGCCGUGCCUGGCUCUUUAUCUCCUGCCCUGCUUUGUGGGCCAGGCUCGCUCCCCGCCCUGGAGUGCACACGUCCCACCCGCCCCCGGUGUUCAGCUGCGAGCCUCAGGCCUCGGGAGGUCUCCGGCGUCCUAACCCGUCUCUCCUCCGCGGAGCAGCUGGGGCGUGGGCGAGCGGGGCUGGGCCGGCGGGGUCACCGCGCGGGCUGUGGGGCUCGCGCCUGGCGGGUGCUCAAGUCCCCAAGCGCCUACUACUAGUUGGUGGGCCUGGAGGGAGACGCCUCGUUCUCAGGCAAGGUCCCGGCGCCUGAAUUCUUUGGGAACUUGAUCUAUUUGUGUGCGUGUUUCUUUUAUUUCUUUUUUUUUUCUUUCUGCCUUUGCGUCUGUGCUUGGUGAGGACGUUUGCUGGGCCCUCCUUUUUUUUUUGAGCAUGCAAACCACAACAUCCUAGGCUGAUUUCCGUGUCACAUAUUAUUAAUGCUCAGGAAACGCUUCCGGAUGUACAACCAAGAUUUGAGCCAGCCUUGCCAUCAGAAUUGGGAGAGCUGACUGCUCUUUGAGGAUGAUUGGUUUAUCUCCUGGUUGCGUCUUCUUGGAGCCUGGGAUGCCUGUUCAGUUGCUUUGCCUCACUGCAGACUCUGAUUCCCACCAGGAUUUAGCAUUCAGACCUUGGCGUCAGGAGAUACGAGGUCCUCCAAAAAAAGACCAGUGCCUCGGAUGAGCCCCCUCACAGAGAGAUGAAGGGGCAGCAGAAAACAGCCGAAACCGAAGAGGGGACAGUGCAGAUUCAGGAAGGUGCAGUGGCUACUGGAGAGGACCCAACUAGUGUAGCUAUCGCCAGCAUCCAAUCAGCUGCCACUUUCCCCGACCCCAACGUCAAGUACGUCUUCCGAACUGAGAAUGGGGGCCAGGUGAUGUACAGGGUGAUCCAGGUGUCUGAGGGGCAGCUGGAUGGCCAGACAGAGGGCUCUGGCGCUAUCAGUGGCUACCCUGCCACUCAGUCUAUGACUCAGGCAGUAAUCCAGGGGGCUUUCACCAGUGAUGAUGCUGUUGACGCGGAGGGAACAGCUGCCGAGACCCACUACACUUACUUCCCCAGCACCGCAGUGGGAGAUGGGUCAGGGGGUACGACAUCUGGGAGUACAACCGCCGUGGUCACCACCCAGGGCUCAGAGGCACUGCUGGGGCAGGCAACCCCGCCCAGCACAGGCCAAUUCUUUGUGAUGAUGUCACCACAAGAAGUGUUACAGGGAGGGAGCCAGCGGUCAAUUGCCCCCAGGACCCACCCUUAUUCCCCGAAGUCAGAGGCUCCCAGGACAACGCGAGAUGAGAAACGGAGGGCUCAACAUAACGAAGUGGAGCGCCGCCGCCGGGACAAGAUCAACAACUGGAUUGUACAGCUGUCCAAAAUCAUCCCAGACUGCUCUAUGGAGAGCACCAAGUCUGGCCAGAGUAAGGGUGGAAUCCUGUCCAAAGCCUGUGACUAUAUCCAGGAACUACGUCAGAGCAACCACCGGCUGUCUGAAGAGCUGCAGGGGUUAGAUCAGUUGCAGCUCGACAAUGACGUGCUUCGACAGCAGGUGGAAGAUCUUAAAAACAAGAACCUGCUACUACGAGCUCAGUUACGGCACCACGGAUUAGAGGUCGUCAUCAAGAAUGACAGCAACUAACUGUGGGGACUCAGGGGCUUUGGGCCCGAGAACUGCACAUAGCCCAGGAGCAACAGGCUGACCCCAUGCCCCUCUCUUUCACUGCCUACUUCUGGCGUGGGACUCGGGGGAGUUGGGCAAGUGUGAUUUUGAACUGAGGCCUGUGGCAUGGCAGUCUGCAGUGAGUGCUGGGAAACCGUGUGGACACGCACCGCCAGCCUUGCCUGCCCCCACCGCGCAGUCCCCGGGCCCUGGUGCUCCUUUGGCACACUGCAUGUGCUGUCUCCUUGGUGGACACUGGACACACGAAAUCUGGGCUCGCCGCGUGCUUGCUUAGAGUGCCUGGCAGAGGGUCUGUGGGCCGAGUACUUCACUGGUUCUUCCUUUCUCUGAAGCAGAAGUUAAGAUACAUACCUGAUUACUCUGGGGAGCAGGCUUACUCAAGAGGUGGGGAAGGAUGCUAGCGGGCUGCUCUCCCAGGAGUAGAGGGGGCAGUGAGCAGCCGAAGCCUCUGCAGAAGGCCCUGGAGUCAGGGAGAGCUAUAGGCAGGGCGGGUUCACAGAGAGCCCGCCCUGUUCCAGGGGUGGUUCUUUUUAUUUCUUUACUUUUUUUUUUUUUAAGAUAAAAUUGUUUAGAGCCACA